GGGAGAGAUAGAGCGAAGGAAAAGCCUCGGAGACAGAGAGAGAGAGAGUGAGCUGCGCGCCGCUGCACCUUUUACCCGUCGUUUUGAAGGGUUUUCUUCGUUUUGCGCUGAAAGGGCACCCAGUGGUGGGAAACGAGUCAAUUCGGCGGGGUGAAGAAGGUUCAACGAAGCCAAAGCCAAAUUCUGGAGGAUCCUCCGUCGUCGUUUCAGCUCAGGUUCGUAGAAAUUCCGUCCCUCUGCUUCUCCGCCCCGUUUUUGCCUCUUUUGUGUCGAUUCAUUGCUCCGCUCGCCGCAGCUAUGGCCGGCGAACGUCGACCCGUAAAUUCCACGGCCGCCGGUGCAGGAAGCGUUAUGGACGGUGUAGGGAUUUGUUUUUCGGGAGCUGCCCAGAUGAGAUUGGCUUGAGAAAGGGGUGAAAUUGUGUGUAAAGCUGCAACCUUUGGUUUUAGUUUCUAGGUUAAACGCUUGCAUGCGGAAUAAAUGGACGUCAGUCCUGGACCAGUUGAUGUCUCUGUGCUUUAUGAACAAGACAAGCAUGUUUCUGCUGCUGUAUGGGAAGGCCAGGAGCGAGGUGCCCUUAGAUGCCAUGAACAUACAUCGAAGUUGGGGGAAUGGAGCCUGACUCCAAGACAGAUAGAGUUAGUAGAGAAAUCAGGAUUCGGAUUCUUGAGAAAGAUUCCAGCCAUUAGUCUAGACAACCCUCUAAUCUCAGCCUUAGUCGAGAGGUGGCGAAAGGAAACAAACACCUUCCACUUCACUGUUGGUGAAAUGACGGUGACACUUCAGGAUGUGGCGCUGUUGCUUGGUCUUGCUAUCGACGGGAAGCCGGUUAUAGGCAUCACACACACAACCUGUGCAGCGGUUUGUGAGAAGCUUCUAGGGAAAGCCCCGGAUUCUAAUUACGCUAGUGGUGGGAUGGUGAAGCUGAGUUGGCUGAAGGAGUACUUCUCUCACUGUACUAAAGAUUCACCUAAGGAAGAGGUUGAACAAUGCACUCGUGCUUAUCUUCUGUACCUGGUAGGGAGCACAAUUUUCUCGACCACCACUGGUAAUAAAGUUCCAGUUAUGUACCUCCCGUUGUUUGAUAACUUUGAAGAAUGUGGGACGUAUGCUUGGGGGGCUGCAGCAUUGGCUUUCUUGUACCGGGCGCUUGGUAAUGCGUGUGUUAAGUCCCAAAGUACUAUUUGUGGAUGCCUCACACUUCUACAGUGCUGGAGUUACUUUCAUCUCGAUAUUGGGCGUCCAAAGCUCAACCGGGAUCCUAUCCACGAUAGCUUUCCGUUCGUACUGAAGUGGAAAGGAAAGCAAAGUGGACCGACAACAAACCGCGAUGUGGUCUUUUAUAGAAAGGCAUUGGAUUCAUUGAAACCAACUGAUGUAAAUUGGCUUCCGUACAAGGAUAUGGACACUACAGGAAUACCAGAACCGAUCAAAGACACUUUGAUUCUAGGGAGAUCGAAAACAAUGCUCAUAUGCUUCGACAAGGCUGAGAGACACCUACCUGAUCGUUGCCUAAGGCAGUACGGCAUGUUUCAACCGGUCCCAGAAGAUGUUCCGCGAUGGGUGAGAAAGAGUCGGGGAGUCGAUGGUGGGGUAGACUUGUCUGGGAAAAUGGAGUCUGAGCUCAAUGAAUGGGCCAGUCGUCAUCUCCAUAUUGUGGAGGGCAGUGAUGCCAUAAUGGACGAUGAGACCGUGUACAUGGAAUGGUACUUGAGAAUAACCCGGAAAGUGGUUGGAAGACCUAUAUCGCUGUCAACUGAGUUCCAGAGAACGUCAAAAGCGCGAUUCUACGUAGAAGCAGAAAGAUGGCUAGAAAAGAAAAGCGUAAAAGCGCAGAGUAAAAACAUUGCUGGGCUGAGAGAGAUUGCUUAUUUAGCAGAUUCGUUUUCGACGAAAGGGUUAGAUGGGCAACAGUUUGAGUCGAUUUCAAGGAUCAGAUAUAUAGCACAGGACUGUUUGAGGGACCAGUCAGGAAAUCCUGCUUCUACUGCUGUAGCAGUUGACAUCACGCCAGUUGAGCUUGGGAAAAGGAUAAGGGGAAAGGAGAGAGUAAGAAGAAAGGGCAGUGGGAAGAGGCGGAGAAAAGAUGAACUUGUGGAAGAGUAUCAGGAAGGAAGUGAGGAUGAACCGUCUCAGUUCUAUGGUGGAGUUGUAGAGGUUGAUCCAUUACAUGGUAUCCCUACGGUUUCGGCGAUGGAUGUCGAUGCUCAUAUUCUAUCUCAUUUUUCUGGCGACGGUGAAAAUGCCGAGAUUCUUUAUGAUGGACAGCUCUUUGAUGGAACUAGUGACUUUAAGGAGCCUCGGAAUACUGAUGGAUUAACUAAUCAUGUUAUCAAUCAUAAGCUUGAUAUUCCAACUGAGAAGUUGAAUGACGAGGUUUCUGAUUCUCAGCUAUUUGAUGGAGCAACUGAGAGUGAUAAUCUAAAUAAUGAGAUCCAUGAUGCUGUUGAUGAGGUUGGCGUCCCAAAGCUGAUUAAUGCAUGUAUUGUAUCUAGUGAUGAGCAGCUUCCUCAUGCAACUGCUGGAAUGACUAGUGUCUCGAAGCCUCUUGAUGUAAGCAAUGAAAUGGAGCUUGCUGAUACAAUUACUGCGGUGAAUGAUGGGGAAAAACUCGCAGCAGAAGAAACUAGUUUGGAUACUGAGUCUCAACUUCCUAAUGCUGCUGAAGUGGCUGGUGAGUUGCAGCUUACUAGAGAUGCAGAAAUUUUGCAUCCUUCUCAUGUAAAAACCGAGAUGGAUCACUCUCAGGCAUCUGAUCCAACUAAUGGAGGUGAAAAGGUGGAAAACUCCCAUAUUUAUGAAUGUCCACAUCUUUCUGACAGUAAGGGAGAGAAUGGCUCACAGAAUAAUACAAGUGAAGAUGAAAAGGAUUCUCAGCGUCCAGAUGAGGACAGGAAUGAGUCGACACUACCACAUAUUGCUGACGUUAUUGAUCCUGCAACUACCAAAAGUGCGGCAGACGAUGUGCCUACAUCAUCCCCUGGAACUGUUGCAACAUAACUGGGGUUUGAUGGUAUGGAGCUAUCAUUCUAUGUACAGUCAUAUGGCUUCUCCGGUACAUCUAGUUGAUGCUCGAAAGUUCUGGCACGUCAGCAUUAUAAUAAGGGUUCCAUUGGGGAUGCUGAAAUCUGAGAGAUGCUCGCUCCUAGUUUGGCUUGCAUUCAGUAUUUUUGUGUUUGUCUUCAGAAUAGAUCUUUUGCAGAUGUUAAGGUUUGUAUGAGUUAGCUAUUUGCAUUUCUAGAUUAGGCAGUUGUUGAAUUCUGAAUUCACUGGAUAUCGUUUGCAAUCGAGUUCUUUAGCAACAUGGUUGCAAAUUGCAAUCGUGCCAUGCUUAUUACUAGUGUUGUUUGGCAAGAGUAGUUUGCUUCAAGCACGAGGAAAGAAUGUUUUUUGAUAACGUAGGCAGUUGGAAGAAUUAGUACAUGAGAUUUGAUGGUUGAUAUUGUUCUCAGACCAGGCCUUUAUUAGUUUAAAUUUCCAUCUUCGUUUUCGCUUUAUA